CUAUAUACCUAGUACCUACCAGAGAGUUGUAACUUUGUAUGUAGUCACGUUAGCUCUGUUCACCAAUAUUUUGAAAUAAUGAUACAAAAAUAACAAUGUCUUUUUACUACGUUCUACACUGAUGAUAUCGAAUAAUGUCCUUCCCAAAGAUAGAGGGAUAUGUUGUUACUGAAAAACUGGGUUCAGGAAGUUACUCUACCGUCUAUAAAGCUUACACAAAGGUGGGGGCUCGAUCAGUUUUAGCAAUAAAAUGCAUCGACAAGGCGGUAGUGAAACACUCAGGCAGUGCAGUAGACAACCUGGUGACGGAGAUCAGACUGCUCAAGAAGCUGACACACCCGCACAUUGUACAGAUGAGAGACUUCACCUGGGAUGAUCGGAACAUCUACAUCAUGAUGGAGUACUGCUGCGGAGGAGAUCUAUCCAAGUACAUCCAGCGGUACGGCCGCGUGCCCGAGAAACAGGUUUUACAUUUCCUGCAGCAGUUGGCUUCCGCUCUCAAAUUUCUGCGUGAGAAAGGUGUGGUGCACAUGGACCUAAAGCCACACAACCUGCUGCUGCACAAGGGCUCCGACGGGAAGUACGUGUUGAAGCUGGCGGACUUCGGGUUCGCACAGCUAGUGACCCCGGGCGCCGACAGCGAGGACUGGCGCUCGGUGCGAGGCUCCCCGCUGUACAUGGCGCCCGAGAUGCUGAGCGGCAUCUACGACGCCAGGGUCGACCUGUGGAGUGUGGGUGUGAUCAUGUACGAGUGCCUGUUCGGGCGCGCGCCGUACGCCUCCCGCACGCUGCAGGAGCUGUUGGACAAGCUGCGGUCGCGGGCGCCCGUACAGAUUCCCCCAAACUCGCACAUCUCAUCCGGCUGCGCGGACCUUCUCACGCGGCUGCUGCAGCACGACCCCGACACCAGGAUCUCAUACGAAGAAUUAUUCGCGCACCCCUACCUCGAUUUGGAGCACAUGCCGUCGAAAGAGAACUACGACAAAGGAGUGAGUCUGAUAAAACAGGCGAUAGAGGAAGAAUGUCGCGGGGAGUGGGGCGCCGCGCUGACGACAUACGGCGCGGGGCUGCGCUUUUUGGUGCCGUGCGCGGCGCUCGAGGUGGACCGCAUGCGGCGCACUGCGCUCACCGCCAAACUGUGCACGUAUAUGGACAGAGCAGAGGAGCUUAAAAGGUGUCUAAAGGAUGGACGAAAAGGUGCGGCGUGCGACGCGGAGAACGGCUCGGAGAGCACGGGCUCGGCAAGAACGAGCUCAGCGCUGGCCGCGUGCUGCGCGCUGCCAAGUGCGGGUGCCCAGUCCCACAGCUACCAGAUCAGUGAAGCGGCCAGCGACUCGCGCGGUGACAUCACCGGGACCCUCGACCACGCCGGAGGGACGGAGGGCACUGAGCCACGCGAGGAGUUGGGUCACAAGUGCAGAUCUAACGGCCUGGCCCGGCUCUUGAAGAGGUUCCCGCGGGGAAAUGUUGGUAAAGAAGAACCACCGAAGAAGUCGAGCGAACCCAACGCGGUAGACGACCACAACGACGUGUGCAGGAUAACGUAGGGUGCUACACGAGCAGCGAGCGGCACUCAAACUACUACCAUUAUUGUUAAUUAUUAUUCAGUCGGUGGACGACGCGGUACCGGACACCAGUCACUACUUUAAAUUUAUUUUUGUAAUUUUUAAUAUUAGGAUUAAAUAUAUAUAAGUACCUUAUAUAAUAUUGAAUAUAUUUUAAUAUAUUUUCGUUAAUGCCAUUUUAUAUUAUUAUAAGUUUCAUUUAAAUAUAAUAAUACUCGUUUUUUGUAAACUCGUAAUUAACUGGCCUGGUCAUAAAUAUUAUAACAACUUCUAGUUUAUACUUUUUAAUUCUUCACUGUGUUAGAAACUUCGACAAUUUCCCGACAUUUCACAUAUCUUUUUUGAGGUUAUUAUUAAACUAAAAUAAUGAAAUGAGGUGUUAAAGAAUACUGAUUUUUAGUGAUAACCUCGUGCAAAGUGUGUAGGGAGCCGUCGGGAAUAUUAAAAUAUUUCCACAGCUGGUUAUUUUCUUAUAUAAUAUUAUUGAUAGACCAUCAACAUCUGUCGAAGACCCCAAUACAGAGUGCGUUGUAAUACAAUUAAAAACAGAAUUCGCAAAAAAUUCUAAAAGGAAACAAAAAAAAUAUCGCGAGAAAUGAAUAUUCCCGCUGGAACUUUAGUGCGUGUCAUCAAAGAUCUGAAUCGUGUUGGUCGAAAAUAUGCAAAAUAAUAAAGACGUAGCUGUCACGCACACUCAACUAAUAAACCGGGCCUGUUGUUAUGUGUUGCCUAACAGCAAGAGGCUCUAUCUAAAUUCUAGACGCAUAAAUUAUCUAAGUUGUAAAGUUAUUUAUUGAUGUGUAAGUAUAGAAAUGUCUUAUGUUGAUGUUGUAAAAAAUAAAUAUUUUUCUUACCACUCAUGGUUUUAAGUACUUAUUACGUUGAAUAUAGUUUGAUAAAAAUGCGAUAAUUGAUGAAUACCUUUUGCUUGUUUCGGCACAUUUAGUGUGUGUAUAACAUGUGAUAUAUUGAAAUAAACAAUUUUAAACAU